GGUCAGUGGAAGAAAGAGCGCAACAGCUGGGUUUUUAUAAAAUCGUGUUGUAUGUACAUGUGAGUUAAUAUGCCUAUUAACUGCAAGUCCCAAUGCGGCAAUCGUGCUGCUUUAAAGCGCCCAAAAACAGGCGACGCCCUGUGCAAGGAAUGCUUCUUUGCCGCCUUCGAAGCGGAGAUCCAUCACACGAUCUCUUCCAGCAAUUUGUUCAGGCGCGGCGAGAAGGUGGCCGUGGCUGCCAGUGGUGGCAAGGAUUCCACUGUACUGGCGCAUGUCUUGAAGCUGCUAAAUGAACGCCAUGAUUAUGGCCUGCAACUGGUGCUCCUUUCCAUCGACGAGGGCAUUACUGGCUAUCGAGACGACAGUUUGGAGACGGUUAAACAGAACCGCGACGACUAUCAGAUGCCCUUGAAGAUUCUGUCCUACGAGGAGCUCUACGGCUGGACUAUGGACCGCAUUGUCGGGCAAAUCGGUCGUUCCAACAACUGCACCUUUUGCGGGGUCUUCCGUCGACAGGCCUUGGAUCGUGGGGCCAAAUUGCUAGGCGUGGACAGCAUAGCCACUGGCCACAAUGCCGAUGAUAUUGCGGAGACGGUACUAAUGAACGUGCUCCGAGGAGACACGGCUCGUCUGCGUCGCUGCACAGAUAUCCGGACUGGCGGGGGUGAAGACUCUAUCCCACGUGUGAAACCCCUAAAAUACAGCUACGAGAAGGAGAUCGUCAUGUAUGCGCACUACAAAAAGCUUGUUUACUUCUCCACGGAGUGCGUAUUCGCUCCCAAUGCAUAUCGCGGACAUGCCCGAGCCUUUCUUAAGGAUCUGGAGAAGGUGCGGCCCUCAGUUAUCAUGGACAUCAUCUACUCUGGCGAGCAGCUACGUUUCAAGGACACCGUAAAGAAACCUGUGCGCGGCAUAUGCACUCGCUGCGGCUUCGUCUCCUCACAACAACCCUGCAAGGCAUGCGUCCUCCUUGAAGGAUUGAAUAGAGGAUUGCCUAAGCUGGGGAUAGGCAAAAAGUCCAAGGGCGAACGAAUGAUUGCCAAGCAAGACCAGGAACUGGCCCUUCGGGAGCGUGCAAAUUUAGUAAAAAACGAUUUUUAACAUUUCAAAA